UGCUGAGCUGUUGAAAAAAAGAAAAACAACGCCGUUAGCAACCUUUCUUGGCAACCGUUGGUAACCGCUGAAAAUGUGAUUAGGAAAGCACAUUUCGGACAGGGGGGUCGUUGACAAAUAGUUCAUCUGUCCGAAAAUAUUGCAUCACGCGGAACAGCAUGCAACUAUUUCGCGGGCUAGCUCAGCAAACCACGCGCACAGUACAGAACGUGCGGUUAGCUAGUCCGCGGUUGUUUGUGUUUGUGUUUCGUUUCGUUGUUUGUGGUGUGUGCGAUCAAACACACCCCAUUGUCCACACACCCGUUCAAGUCGUCGUUCGUAGUCGCGCGAAACCGGUGUGAUCGCAACUGAUCGUUCAUUCGUGGUUCAACCGGCAAACUGGACAGAGGCGUUUCGUCCGACCGUCGAAGCUGCUAGGCAAGCGAGAGCAAGAGACGAACCCUGUUGUUCCUACUAGCUAGGCAAAAGAUAGGCCAGUGUGAGCAAAGUGUCGUCGUCGUCGUAGUCUGUGCUUUUUGCAGAAUAACUCGCAGCUGUCCAGCGCCCGUCUGUUCGUUCGAGUGAGUGCGUGCGAGAUGUUUGGUGACUAGACCUGCGGAAUGCUGUGAAUGUAAAAAAGGUUAAGGAAAGAUUAAGACGUCACAUAACUCUUUCCAAUAGCGUUGCUCCGCCCUGUGCUGGUACCCAAGCCGGUGGAAUACGGUGAUCCCAUCCUGUCCAGACAGCAGCGCACAAGGUGAAGGAAUAAAGCAGACAUUCCAGGACGCAUCCAACACACACACACACACACACACACACACACACACACACACACACACACACACACACACACACACACAUAAAUACACAGCACAACAGCAUGAAGAACACGAAAGCCAUCACGAAGGCGGACCAGUACCGUUUCAAGCUGUCGGACGAGCUGCUACUGAUCGCCAAAGAGGAGCUGCGCGAAACGCAAGCCACCCGCGACCAUGCGUUGCAGAUGUUGCGCGAGUGGGCCGAGAAGAAUCCACGCAUCAUGAAAAUCCGGAUGGACGCCAACUUCUUCCUGAAGUUUCUGCGCGCCAAAAAGUUCCAGAUACCGGUCGUGCAGGAAAACAUCGAGCGGUACGUGCUGCUGAAGAACGCGUUCGAGGGUGCGUUUAAAAAUCUCGACUGCCGGCUGCCCAAGAUGCAGAAGCUGAUCGAUGACGGGUACAUGUUCGCCCUGCCCGAGCGCGAUCGGGAAGGCCGUCGGGUGAUCUUCUACCGCCCGGGUGUGUUCGAUCUGCGCGAGUACACCAACGCGGACAUGCUGAAGAUACACGGCAUAUGCUACGAAACGCUGAUGGCGGACGAGGAGAACCAGAUUCGUGGCUUUGUGCAUGCGGGCGUCGGUACCGGCAUUGGGCUGCCGUACCUGACACUGUUCACGAUCAAGGAAGCGGUCAGGAUCGCGAAGAAUGGUGAAAAGAUCCUGCCCAUGCGGCACCGGGAGAUGUACGGGUGCAACAUCAAUCCGGCGAUGAAGAUGGCGGUCGAUUUCGGGAUGUCGCUGAUCUCGCAGAAGCUGCGCGAUCGCAUCCGGCUGUACACGGACAUUAAGGACAUCGAGCUGGAGAAGCGCCUGCUGCCGAAGGAGUACGGCGGCGAGAUGCCGAUGGCCGAGAUGAUCCGGCUGUGGAAGCAGGAGCUUGAACGGUACCGUACCCAGCUGCUGGCGGACGACGCGAUGGCCGUUAACCUGAGCAUGUACUCGGACGCGGCCAAGGAAGGGUCGGUCGGUGCCCUCAAGCAGCCGUUGAACGGAUGCACGGGGGCGAACGAUAACUCGACGUACGGGUUGGCUGGCAGCUUCCGAAAGCUGGAAGUCGAUUGAGUGAACGUCGCUCGCGGUGCGAUCGACUUGCUUAGGCAAUGACCCAACUUUAGCGUGUAGGCCACUUUACUCUGUAAGACACAAUUUCCAACGGCGCCAACUGGCACGGAACCGCAGUGGAACCGAGAUCGUAUGUUCUUUGUAUAGGCUUUCUACUACUUCCACUGUCCAGACAACACACCUACUUUACUUUAAUACUACGGUCAAGCCGUUCUUAUUCGGUUUUUUACAUAAA